CCCAAGAUGGCGCUUCUCUGACUUUUUUUUUUUACCCCUUUAACGUCUUCACUUUUUUAAUAUAUAUAUAUAUGAUUUCGAACCUUGUAGAAGAGAAGCGUUAUCACAAUGACAGUUUCCUACAAAGUCAGAGCCCUCCUGGUUUUCACCAUAGCAGCAUGCAGUCGAUUUGAUCCUGCCCUCUGCUCCGCUCGAUGUGGGCGUUCCCUUCAAGUCUUUGACGACGCGGUGGGAGAGAUCAUGAGUUCUGCUUACCACAGCUGGUCCUACCACUUCGGCUCUACCUUUGACUGCUGGAUCAUCAGGGGUCUGGAAGGGGAACCCAUCGUUCUCAGCUUUUCCCAGUUUUCAGCACGAUGUAGGAAGGAAUGGGUGUCUAUCAAAUCCUCCGCUGGCGGUGAGCCGGUUGUCCUUUGUGGCUCCAAGCUACCACUGCCAAUGGAAUUCCCAGGGGGAAAUAUUACAGUGAUGCACCACUUCCUCCCGCAUCUGUUCCCUGUGUCAUCAUUUCUGUUGAACUAUGCCAGAGACUCUGGUGAAUGUCCUUUGACAUCUUUUGAAUGCCUCGGGGGCCGUUGCCUUCCCCUCUCCUGGCGCUGUAAUGGCCAGGUGGAGUGUCUCGGUGAAGGUCCCGGUCUCGGUUCAGACGAACAUGACUGCGAUGGAGAUUCGGGAACUCCAUCCCCCUCAAAGCAGGGCAGCACACAGGAAGUAGGAACUAAAAAGGAAAUGUAUACAGAGAGUAACCAUGACAGGUACUCUGAGAAACUUAAGGUCAUAGAUAAUAGUCAGAGCUCAGAAAAGUCAGAGGAGAGAAACACUGAUUCAGAUCUGUGGGCGCUGCUGAAGGAGGAGGCUCAGGUGGAUCAAGAGCAACCUUCGACCCAUAAGGAGCUUGUUGUGACACCAAGUCCCAUUGAGUGGCCCUGCGGAGGGCUCCUCCAGACCUUUUAUGGGACAUUCUCACCUCCAGCCAUUCGGGGUCCUGCUCUGUUCUGUGUCUGGACACUGGACCCUCAGGAUUCCAGGCCUCUCAGAUUGGAUCUGCAGCAGCUGCUUCUGGGGCCCGGGGACAGACUCACCAUCUUCAACAGAGAGCAAGGAAAAGGAGAUGUUAUUAAAAUUAUCACCAGCACCUCCAAUUACAAAUCAGUCCAAGCCGAAUCCCACACUGGCGUCCUGUCGUUGAUGUACGAGACGAUUCCUGACUCAGAGGGGAGUGGUUUUAACGCCACGUUCCACGUCGGGAGCUACUGCCCUCCAUGGGAAGGUCGGUGUGGGGGAGCAUCAGGGGGUUGCUUCACCCAGGAGCAACGCUGUGAUGGGAAAUGGGACUGUCCUGAGACGGGGAAGGACGAGGAGGGAUGCCGAGGCUGCAGUCCGAACCAGUUUGCGUGUGGAGUGGUGGGACAGCGGAUUGUGGCAUCCAGCCACUUUCCUGGCCACUCCGUGUGUUACCCAGUCACGGAGAGGUGCAACUACCAGCUGUACUGCGCUGACGGCAGCGACGAGAGGGACUGCACUGUGUGCCAGCCGGGGACCUUUCAUUGUGACAGUGACAGGUGCGUGUUUGAGAGCUGGCGCUGUGACGGCCAGGUGGACUGUAAGGAUGGCACGGACGAGCUCAACUGCACCGUCAUCCUGCCCCGCAAGGUCAUCACUGCGGCAACGGUUGGCAGCCUGGUGUGUGGGCUCCUGCUUGUGAUCGCCAUGGGCUGCACCUGUAAACUGUACUCGCUCAGGACCAGGGAGUACAGCUUGUUUGCUCCAAUCAGCCGUCAGGAAGCAGAGCUGAUCCAGCAGCAGGCUCCUCCGUCCUACGGUCAGCUGAUUGCCCAGGGCAUCAUCCCGCCAGUGGAGGACUUCCCCACAGAGAACCCCAAUGAGACGUCGUCUCUUUCUCUGAGGGGAAUUCUCCAGCUCCUCCGCCAGGACGCUGCCAACUCCCCACACCGCAGACGCAGGCCCCGCUUCGUCCGCCGGGCCGUUCGCCGCAUGAGGCGGUGGGGUCUGAUCCCCAGACCUCCCUCCAGGCCGACUCAGACAUCGAGCUCCAGCCAGCAGCAGACAGAUUCCGCCCUCAUUGGCCAGGAACCGGGUCUCUCCACUCCCACCAGCUCCUCGUUGGCCGUGGAGGCGGUGAACCAGCCGGUGCCUCAGAAACUGGGCUUGUUGUCUCAGUCCGAGCCGCAUCAUCAUCAUCAGCAGCAGGAGGACGACGACGUACCGCCUCUUCUGCUUUCUCUGCCCCCGCCGCCCGUCGCCUCCCCACCUCCACCUCCAUACGCCCCCCCAGCUCCACCCCCGCCCGUCCCGCUCACUCCUCCCGUCGCCGUGCCCCCGAGCAGCCCCUCUCUUGCCUCCAUCUUCCACACGCUGGGCCUGAGUAUCUCCCUCUUCAGAGCGUCGCCCUCGUCCUCCUCCACCAACUCCAUGCUCCUCUCCGCCUCCCCCUCUUUCUCCUCCUCCUCCUGCUCAGAUGACGAGGUGCUGCUCAUCCCUCUAUCCGAAGACACCACUUCAGAGGAUGACGUGCCCAUGCUCACCUGAGCGACUCCCUCACCCGCCCAGUGACUCACACCCCUUCUCUGUCUCCUUUUACGCACUAAUAACUGAGUCUUUCCACAUUCGUUUGAACUGAAGCACAGGAGGUGGCCCACAGCGAGACGCACCCUCACUGUGCAAGUCUGGUGCCUUUUUGAAAUUGCUUUGAGUUGGAUUUGUUGACUUAUGGAAACAAGUAUUUGACCAUUUUUUUAAAGACUUCCUUCAGAAAGUGUAAGUUUAAAACGAAGCGCAUGGCUGAUGUAUGUCUGGGAGUGAGCGUAGGUCGGUAUCGGGUGUGCACUUAAUUAACGCUGGGCUGCACAUUGAAGGUAAACUUUUUGCACAGAAGAAUCUUCCCUAUCCAGAAACUGAGGCAGGCGACUGUCACACUGAAUGAUUAGAGUUUUUAUGAUGGAAAUCGUUGUGUUUUGUAUGGUUGCAACUGUGUGAAUGGAUUUAUGUCUUACAUAGACAGUGGAGUAUGUUUGUAGAUGUGGUUCAUCCCCACAUACUUCUGCCACUUGUAUCCAGUCUCAUGCUAUAUCAGAUGUUAUUAUAGAAAAAAAACAUUUCCCCUAUUUAAGUGCCUUUUUGAGGAGUUUCCUGUAGAUGGCUCGAGGUGAUUGAGACGAUUCCCAGAGAAACACGCUGCACACGAAACACACGGAGGCACGUUUUCCUUACAUCACAGCACGCAUCGACACAUCAGUGACUUUACGAUAAAAACAAUGCAUGACUACUCUGCAAGCCGGCAAUAACCUUUGGGACCCCGUAGUUUUUGUGCACAUUCAUGGCAAUGUAACUGCGUUUUAGAUUACACACGUGUACACUUUCUAAGCGAAUGUAUGUAAUAUACAAAAAGCAAAUAUGUCAAAAGACAAUCUCUUUGGUGCCUGACUUCAGUGUGUGUGUGUGUGUAUGUGUGUCGUGUGCACAGGAAGAUGAGGGGCCCUCGUGAUGCACGGGGCCCCGAAAUCACAAAAACAACCUCAACUUGAAUCUUCAGCCCCUGAGGGGAACGGAUCGCAUUCUGUCACAUUUUGACACAGCAGACUUGUGGUGUGCCAUUUGUAUUGUUGUACAUUUUACAGUGUUUUUAUUUCAGCAAGUUACUUAUAAAUUUUUUCCUCUUAAGUUGUUUUUUUUUUGUUUUUUUUUUUUGCUUUGAUGAAUGUAUUGGUGUAGAUUAGCCGGAAGUUUUAAAUUUAGCUUAAUAUGAGAGAAAGUGAUUUUAUGAUUUAUUAGGGUCAACUUCACUGUAUAUAAGUAAAAAUGUGGCUGAGAUUAAACGAUUUGCACUUUUAA